AUGAAGUUUCUAUUCACCAUUAUCCUGCCUCUUCUCCCCGGGCUCUUGGCCCAGGAUCCGGGCCUACCAGUGUCUGAUCCGAGUAUAUCGUACUGGCAACUUCCUCCUCUCGACGGUAUUGCCAAUCACCAGUCUCAGGAUCUCCCCACGGAAGCCGACGUCGUCAUCAUCGGAUCUGGCAUGUCGGGCACCAGCAUCGCUUGGCAUCUCCUCAAAGACAACGCCACCAAGCCGCUCCGCGUUGCCAUGAUCGAGGCUCGUCAAGCUUGUUCGGGUGCAACAGGAAGGAACGGUGGCCACAUCAGGCCGUCAUCUUACUCUGAGUACGCCGGUGCUAAGCAGUCCGUAUCCCAGGCUGAAGCGGCCAAAAUUACGAGGCUUCGAUCUGCUCACGUUGAUGCUUUGAUAUCGGCGGCCAACUCUCUGCCUGAGGAGGGACGUCAAGCGGCUGAAGCUCGUGUAGUGGACAGUAUUGAUGCCUUCUUUGACGAGAAGGAAUGGAAAACCGCCAUUGAGAAGUUACAGGUAUUGAAGAGAGAGGUUCCUGAUGUUGGUAACGAGUGGACCGCAUUCGAGAAGGAAGAAGCUCGCAAUAUGUCCCUGCUUUCAGAAACCGUGGGAAUCCUUACCGGAACAACGAAGGUUGCCGGGGCUAUUUGGCCGUACCGUUUCAUCACGCAUGCUCUGAAAGCUCUCUUGAACGACUACCCCGGAUUUUCCCUGGACACGAACACUGCGGUGAAUGUUUCUUCCUCUAUCAGUUCAUCAGACUUUGGCUAUGAGGUCACGACGAAUCGGGGGGAAAUUCUAGCCAAACACGUCGUCUAUGCUACCAAUGCCUGGACUCCCCACUUUGUCCCUGGACUGCAAGGCCUCAUCAGAGGGGGUCGCCUGCACAUGAGUGCCCAGAUCGGCGGAAGCGGCCUUCCUAAGGCUGGAAGCUGGCCAUCAUACACUGGAAACGGCAGCCUCCCUGGUGGUCGCGCAUGGUCGCUGUUCCGCAACGGCUUGGACUACAUCGUUCAGAUGCCCCGUAAUGGGGAGCUGAUGUUCGGGGGCGGUAUCGAGGGCGACGAGCCUGGCACCACCUUUCCCAGCGACAGCGGCCCUCCAAGUCAUACGGCUGUCUCGUACCUGAAUGGUGCUCUGCCGAACUACUUUGGAUAUGAUACGUGGGGUUCUGAACGAAAGGAUUUCCCUGAAACUUCCGAUGCCAACGUCUGGCGAGGUCGAACGAAGCGUGUGUGGGUAGGAAUCGAAGGCAGUUCGUCUGAUUCGCGCCCGUUUGUAGGACGCCUACCAGAGACUGCGACCAAGAGGCCCGCCAAGAAUGCCACUACUGGAGGAGAAUGGGUGUCGGCGGCUUUUGAUGGAGAGGGAAUGUGCUUCGCCUGGCUUUGCGGGCGUGCCCUCAGUGAGAUGAUCAAGGCUGGUAGCUUUGGCAUGAACUCAACUGCAGGCCUUCCUGACUGGUUUCCUCAGUCAUUCCUUGUGACCGGAGACCGCCUUUCAGAGCGAAACAUUACCCGUCGCGAGGAGAAGGCUUGGACGUACCCUCGCAUGGCAAAUGCUUUUCGACGGCAUUAG